CAUGACCUCGUCAACUUAGCUUACCUCGGUUGAACUUGUAGGGAUGUGUCGAUUCCCUCAAUUCCCAACCUUGUGGUCUAUGUAGUAGGAUGCGGAUCGAGUGCCUUGCGUGCUCGAUGACAAUUUCCAGUGAGGUCAAGAGAUCGGCUAGAGCCCGGGAGUGCUUGUGUGAGGCUCAAAGUAUGGCUGAGCCUGGGCGUGCAUGGAUCGCACCUCUUCCAAAGUCUCGCCGGCUUCUUUCGGACCUGCAAUUGAUCCUUGAAGAUCCAACGGGUCAAAGCGCAGCUGAUGAAGGAAACUCCACCCAGUCCACUGCUUCCUUGCCGAUGGGAACUCCAGUUCAUGCGCCUCAUAUGCCGGAGAGCCAAACGCCCACUGGCUUGCCCGAUGGUUCGCUAUCUACUACAGCCUUUCCAGCGAAUUAUAUUGGUGCCGCGUCAGCUGUUAAUGGGCCUCUCUACGCGUUUCCCAUGACGUCAUCCGCACAUGAUCCCAACCUCGAUGAAGAAUUGCCGGAUCUCCAAACCCAAACCUUAUUCCAUCCUGUCCAAGGUUCGGGAGAAGGACCCGCUUCGAUUGACCCUACACUGUUCGACAUGAUGCUUCCCUUCUCUCAAUUCAACCCUGAUCCCGAAAUGGCUUCCCGUUCCCAGAUCUCGAACCCUACGUCGUUGGACCCAUUCCAUCAUGCUGGGCCUUCCAGAUCUACCCCUUCUCGCAUCGUUGGACCAGUGCCGAUCGUUGCUGCGAUCGAAACUCCUGAUCGCGUACAGGAUAGGUGGAUGAAGACGAACUCAAAUGAGGAUGUUGUCUAUUGGCUUCGAGGCUUGGCUCGGGAGCUGGGAUAUCACCUUGUCCCUCUCUGAGUUGACGCGGGCGGUGGCGGAUCCGCCGGACCGAAAGACGUGUUUCAUGCAAGUGAUUCCUCACGCUCAGAAUUUCUGCUUUGCUCGGUGGUGUGUGAUUGCGUGUAUAGUACUGGUGGUCUUCCGACUCGUGUUUUUGUUUUCCGUUUCUCGUGCCAUGUGUAGAGUCGGUGACCUCUUGCUUGUUCCGUUGACACGGUUCAUGUACGUUUGUUUCCAAUACAUCUCUUGUUGCCCAAGUGGCCAAACG